AUGGUGACAGUUGAUAGAUUGACUUGCAAAAAGCUUACUAGUAUCAUUGCCAAAGAGUUGCGAAUAGACGUUGCGUUUCCCUGUUUUUCGGUAGAGGAACAAACGGGGGCCACUGCUUGUUGUGUGGUCCAUAAACAUUGGAUUUCUACUCUUAAACAAGCUCGUUUAGGAGAUAAAAUACGUCUGAAUAAGUACUCAACUACUACACGUCCAGAAAAUAAUAAUUCUGAACAGUUAAGCGAGGAUAGACAAGCACCUACUACAAAUAUUUUGGUGAGCGUUCUUUUGAAGCGUAUAUCACGUGAUAACAAAAGGAGGCCACAAUUGUACAAAAAAGAAUCAUCACCAACAAAUGGAAUUGAACAAAAAAUACUGGCAGAUUCAAUAAAAAGUAAUAACUGUGAUGAAAAUGAACUACCGCUCCGGACUUUUAUUAAAGAGCAGUUAGAAGAGAAUCCCGGGCCAAAUUUUAUUGAGCUAGUGUCAAAGUAUGAAAAAUAUUCGCCGGUACUUUUAGAUAAUUAUAUACCGAGUUCAGGUGAAGGUGAUAACGGUGAUGAAAGCAGUGAACUCAUUAGACAAAAGUUAUUUGUUGAUAAAUUUCUCGAAACCUUAUAUCCACAUUGUGCCUAUUUCCGUAUAUUAUCAUCAACAUCAUCAUCUAGUACUUCAGAUAAUAAUGUCAAUAACAACAAUGACAAUCUUUGUCUCGAGUUAAUAACAGAAUCUAAUCACAAUAACAAUAAUAACGAAAUACUUUCCACGAAUCCUAAUUUAAUUGAUAUCUUUGCUGUUUUGGAAUCGGAACGCGCUUAUUAUUUUAUGGCGCCGUAUCGAGGCACCACGUUACAAGAUUUAUUGAAUUUUAGUUCGGGUGUUUUGAAAUCAAAUGUUAAAAAAUCGUUUGUCGUAUAUCAGUUGCUAAGAGGUGUACAAGAACUUCACGAACAAGGCCUCGUUCAUGGAAAUCUAAAGCUCUCGAAUAUUUUUGUGGACGAAAAUCUAUGGAUAAAUCUAACUGGAUUCGAAUGUUGUGCUCCUGAACCCGAUAAAUCUUCAUCUUUAGAACAAUCGAAUACGGAAAGUGAUACGAUCAAUGAUAAGAUGCCACGAGGUCGUCGUAUUGGCGAUCCUAAUUUUCAUCCUAUAUUUCCAUGGAUUACUGAUUUUACUGGAUCGACUCCGUCGCAGAACUGGCGCGAUUUUACAAAAACUAAAUUCAGAUUGAACAAAGGCGAUGAACAAUUGGACUUCACCUUUGACGGACCAGUCCCACAUCAUAUAACCGAUAUCUUAUCUGAUAUAACUUAUUAUGUUUAUCUAGCACGUAAAACUCCGAUUCCUGUCCUAUGUCAAUAUGUUCGAACAAAAUAUGAACCCAAUGAGUAUCCUUCUUCGUUACAAAGAUUAUUCGAAUGGACACCUGAUGAAUGUAUUCCGGAAUUUUAUACAGAUGAUAGCAUAUUCACGUCAAUGCAUCCAGACAUGCCUGAUCUUCAAUUGCCAGCGUGGGCACCCACUCCACAAGAAUUCAUUCGUAUACAUUCUGCUGCAUUAGAAAGCGACUAUGUGUCAAGUCAGCUUCAUCAUUGGAUUGAUCUAACAUUCGGAUGUAAAUUAAGUGGUUUGGACGCCGUUGAAGCGAAAAAUGUCGCGUUGCCGCUUUUAGAUGGCCAAGAUUCUUUUAUGAAACAUGGAAUCACCCAAUUAUUUAGUGAUCUACAUCCUCAGCGUUCUAUUAAUUGGAAUCAGUCACAGAGGGAAUUUGAUUCGCACAAAUCAGUAACGACAUCAGUACUUGAUAAGUACAACAAGUUAAAUUCGAAAAGACGGAUAGCUUUAACCGAAAAAUCCAGAGCACCCCAAAUACCCGAAAAAAUAUCAGACCCACUAACUUUUGAUAUUCCAGCCGCCGAGAAAAUACUAGCGAAACCACCAGGAACUCAUCCACGAUCAAAGAAGCAAACGCCUCCAGUGAGACCUUUGUCUCUCUAUGAUCUCGGUAAUUCGAAUUACAUCAGAGAAAGAGAACUAUCCACAGCGAGCAUGACUGAUUCAAAGGAUCCUCUGGCGAGAAUCGAAUCAUUGGCUUUGCUUUUGAAUUUGAUUCCGAUACAAUUACCUGAUGAGAUGAACGACGGAAUUUUUAUUGAACAGUUAUUGAAUUACGAACAAGCUCAUUUAUUUGCUGUUAAAUACCAACACCGGAUUUCUCUUCAAAAUCAAUCUUUUCCUAAUGACUCUACGAACAAUAAUAGUAAAGUAACUGAAACGACAAUACAAAGCACACAAUCGUUUGCAUAUGGAAGAGCAUGGGAUGCGUACUGUCUGGGAAAAAUUAUUGAAAAGAUAUAUGCAGAAAACAAAAAAUCGGCUCUUCAUGAGCUUGCUUUUUCACAUUUAUCUAAUAUUGAUUCCGAGAUCAAGAAGGACUAUGAGGUCCCUUUAGCUAUCAAAGGAGUCAUUGAUAGUUUAUCAUCUCCUGAUUGGACAAAACGUCCCACAAUUGAAGCCAUUCUUUAUACUUCAACUCCUGUUACAACUCUACGCGAUCACAAUACAACUUUACCUAUACCCUCAUAUAUUCCUGAAGUGUAUAAUUUUCUAACUGGAUUCCACGCUGUAAAUUGGAAAGAUCGAUUAAAAUUAGUGGACGAAUCAUUGGAUAAAUUAUGUAAUCUGAAUGAUGAGGCUUUCAACAUGAUAUUACCAAGUUUGGUGCAUUUAUUUUCACAUGAACCUAUAAGGAUUCAAGCACUGAGGCUUUUCCCAAAGCUCGGCCAUCGCUUGGGUGAAGAAGAAACAAAGAAUCAUUUACUUAAACCCAUCGUUUCUCUUUUUGAAUCAUCACACCCUUCCAUUCCAAAGAUCUUGUUUGAAUCCUACAUCAUCGAACAAUUUCUACGUUGUUUUGGCAUCACUAAUUUCCUACAACAGCUUUUCCCGCUUUACUUGGAAGCACUCACGAUCGACGAACGGAUUCACGCCACGAUCUCUCCACAAGAAGAGGAAGGAGUUGGAAAAUAUUUUCCGAACUACACAUCUAGUCCGGUAUCACUAAAGAGCUCUUUUGAUUUCAACAAUAGAAUUAUUCCGUCAGUAACACAGCUGGCGAAUUCGGCUUUUGUGGAUAUCUGUUUUUUGAUAGGGCCUAUUCUCACCUCGAAAUAUGUCAUGAAACAAAUCUAUAAAUUAUUAUUGAAAGAAUAUUCGUCGUUACAUUUGUUGAUUCAGUCUCUCUCCACAAUAGGGAGUCAAUUUGGAGAAACUUUUACAUAUCUACAAUACGCCCAAGCUAUAUCAGUGAUCCAGGCGAACAGUACGCCAUCAAAUUCCAAAAACACCAUAAUCAUAAGUAAUCAGCUUGCUCUAUUAGAAAAGCUUACCCCACAAUUAUCGAGUAGUAAGAUAUUCACGGAAUUCGAAUCAGGUUUCGCAGAUGCACUCAAUAAAAUAUUGGGGUGGAAUGAAACAAGUGCUGCAAAAAGUCCUGCUGUCACCACGCAAAAUAUAAAAAAUAAAUUAUCGAUGCACUUGAAAACAAUGAAUUACUUGUUGCACGUUACUAAUAAUGUCAGCAAAGAUGAUUGGGAACGUUAUAUCGCUCCAAUAUUACAAAAAUACUUUGCAUCAUUUGGUAUGUCACCGGAAAACCCGAGUCAUAAUACUGAAACAAAUGGUAUAAGCGCUUUAGAAGAAGAAAGAGACCGUCAGAUGGUCUAUGCCUAUUCUCAAUUUUGUAUUAUAGUCGGGCAAGAGACGAUGAGACGUAUUAUCCCAAUCAGUGAUGCCAUCGAGAGCGUAAUGUACGACCAAUUUGCUUCGAAUGAUACGCUGCCAUUAAGGGACGCUUCACCUCUAUCUAUCGAAAUUCAAAUUAAUGGUCGAAGCCCAGAUAACUCUCAGUCACCUACAUCUUCCGGUGGAGGGAAAGAACAUUUCUCGAAUAAGGAUGAGUUAAAUGGAGACGAAACCACAAAAAUAUCUUCAAAAAAAAAUAUCAAAGAUUCAAAUUCAUGGACUUCUGGAUCUCAUGCACAUCGGGCACGUUCGCUUUUUACGAAUGAAAAUGAUCGGAAGUCUCCAGAAAGUACAAAUGGCAAACGUACCCAAAAGGGUAUGUCUUUUGGCUCUGUUGCUAAUUUGUCAACACCCUCGAGUCUAGACAAGAAUUGGAAUCGAUAUUUAUCGACGAAUUCAGAGGAAAUGUCGAAUUCGCUGCAAUUUACUUUUAACGAUCUUAAACUGCGCACUUAUCUAGGACACAACUCUGCCAUACGCGGUAUCGGAAUAAACGAAAAUUCACGAAUCAUCGCCUCCGGAUCCCGUGAUCGUACCGUCAAAAUUUGGUCGCUGGAUAUUCAUCAUGGCGUUGAAAAUUCAGCAAAUGAACCUUACUCGGAAUGUUUAAUGACCUAUAAUGGUCACAGAAAGACUGGAGUUGGUGAUGUCUAUUUUGUUGGAGGUGGCGGUAGUUUAGGUCUUCAUGAUGUAGUGGCGAGUUGUGAUGGUCUUAUACACCUAUGGGUUCCAGAAUCCGGACAAAUAAUACAUCAAUUUAGUAACAAUCGAACUCUAUUUAUUUCAAUAAGACCAAUAUUUCGCUCUCGUUAUCUUCUCGGCGGACUAUCUGAUAAUACUCUGACAUUCCUUGAUACAAUAAAUCAUACUUCCCUUCAUACCUGGAAAUGCUCCACUGGUUUCACAGGCACUAUACGUGCUAUUUCAGUUAACACAUCCGAGACAUUGAUAGCAGUCGGAUUCACAAGUGGCAUCAUAUCACUGGUAGACACUCGGACUGGAAUGAUGAUCGGGAGUUGGAAAGCUGGCGAUACUGAUAUAAUACAUUUGAAAUUUUAUUCGAGUAAUUAUCUAAUAUCGUGUGCACCCGCUGAUCAUGUCAUAUGUAUUUGGGACACGGAUACCAUGUCAUUAAUUAAAACUAUUCGAGUGAAUUCUGAUAUUGUCGCGCUGAAUAUGUACAAGGAUAAUUUGAUUACCAUAAACAAUACUAACACAAUCUCUUUUACACCGUUGAAUGAAAAUCUCCAAGCAUAUUCUUCCAAAUUUCGAAGUUCCACGAUAAAGUCAUCAAUCACGUCACUUGGUAUUUUACCCAUAAAUCAGCUGCUGGUGUUGGGUUGUGUGGAGGGCGAUUUAUUUUUAUCUGGAAUACGAGUUACCUUGUUGAAUACCGAAGAAGAAAUCGCAUUUCGAAAGUUUUUUGCGGAUGAGUGA